GCUUCAUGCCUCAUGUUCAAAGUUCACGUUCAACUCUUGAAGAGACUAUCAUUCAUGAUCCGGUCGCGCCGGUCACGUGUAUGAUCACGUUCCCCAACCGCAGUGAAUCAGUUCACAACUCGGUCUUCUAUAUGAUUAUGCCAGCUUUCCGUGUGCUCAAAACGCUCGCGCGGUCGCUAUCCACCACUGCAAAGUCUACAUCAGAGCUCGUUGGCACAGCACCUUCGCACCGGUGCUACAUCUUCUUGCAUACCCCACAGCCACCCAGCGAGUAUCCCGCCAAGUACGCAACCCCCAUCCAGCGCGCACUCCUUCUACGCGCUGCUAAAUGGGGUGGGUCUGUCAAUUUUUCGUGGUCUGAGGACCAACAAUCUAUCUGUACACGACCACCUGGGGAGGAAGACAAGCAGGAAUAUUGUCUGACGGCGUUUGCGUAUCCGCGGGGAAAGCUUGAGGCUACUGUGUCCAUGGACAAUAUCGAGGAGGUGGGAGAACAGUUGAGGGUGCAUGCUGAGGGUGUCUCUGGUACUACGCCCUCGAAUUCAGAUGAUGUGCAUUUAUAUGUCUGUACUCAUGGUGCGCGAGAUUGUCGGUGCGGAGACAUUGGGGGAGCAGUUGCCCAGGCUAUAAGGGAUGAACUCCGCAAGCGCAGAGAUACAAAUCCAAGUGAUCCUAGCAAUCGCAUUAAACUUGCAGAAGUGGCACAUGUCGGAGGGCAUAAAUAUGCAGCAAAUCUCCUUGUGUACCCGCACGGAGAAUGGCUAGGUGAAGUAGAGCCCGAAGAUGUUCCAGAAAUUCUAGAUGCUAUUCUGGCAUUACCAGUGCGCCCGCGCAACAUCGACGAAAUACCUAUUUGUCCUCGCCAUUGGAGAGGCCGCAUGGGGUUGAACAAGGACGAGCAGGUCCAGCUCCUGCAGCGAACUCACUCAUGAAUCGUAGAGUGUGCAUAUCAUAGUACCAAUUUCACGCCUAGACCUGGACGACGGAAGCAUGCAUGUGUGUUUUAUACUAGCGUGCAGUGCAGCAAACACAUCAACCAAGAGGACAUUGAUGUUGGAAGACAAACGGAAAUAUUCUGGCUGACUUGAGCGCAUGGAGCAGCCUGAGUUGUUUCUCGUUAUCUUCCAUAUUCAGAUCUAAAUUUUGUUAUGUUGCCUACAGCUCAUUAUUUGUGGACAUCACCGUCUCUCGAAAUGCCAUGUAUUUCAUCAGCGCAUCAAA